AACCUAAACACCUAAAACCAAAUAUUUUGAUUUUUUAUCUGGAACAUUGGAUAGUUUUGAAAUGUUUUGAUCAAUUUCAUGAGUUCUUGAGGAAUGUUGUGUUUAGAGAAUUUGCAAACUGUGUUUACUAAUGCAUAUGUAAUGACCUGUUGAGAUUACUCAUUAGGAAGUUUUAAUUUGAAAAUGGAAGGCUCUUCAAACCCCAUCAAUUUAAAAGAGGAAGACUGUGAAGUUGAGAAAACCUUUUCAGAACCAUUUGAUUUGGAUCUAACAGUUCCAAAUGACAAACCUUUAUCUCCUGUUCUGAUGUCCAGAAAUUUGAACAGGAAACAAUUGUUUGGAAUGAAAACCAUUAACCGAAAAAGCAAAAGCAGGAUGAGGUUGAAUGAACGUUUUGAAGAAAGUACCAAGGGGAGUAUAAAAUUGGAUAACAGAUUGAAAGAUGAACAGGUUGAUACAAAAUCUCAGUUCUCUGAACAAGAUUUCACUCUUAGCCAAACUGAGAAUAUAUUAAGUUGUUUGGAUAGACUGGAAGAAAUUCAGAGAAACAGAAAGCAAGCAUAUAAGCUAGUUGUUAGUUCAAAGAAUGGUGAUUUUUGUUUCAAGAAACCUAUUUCACCAGCACCAAAGAAACUCAAGGGCCCACAUACUGUUUCAGAGAACAAUACGUCAUCAGAAUUUAAUAGGUCUGAAACAAGUGUCUUAGAAAAUGAGGAAGAAAAUUAUAUGGACAAGUUUGUGUCACUUGAUAAAGAUCCCACUGAAUUUGUAAAAUGUACAGGAUUUCAAACUGCAACUGGAAAAGCCAUCUCCAUUUCUGAAUCAGAUAUUAAAAAACAUGCAGAUCUCUUUGAUGAGAGUAUUGCAAGAAAAAAUAAGUAUAAUUUCCUGGCUAGAAAUAGGAAUUGCAGUACAGAGAUCUCAGGAUUUUCUAAGGAUACUUUGAUUCCAAAAUCAAUUCCUGAUGGUAAUGAGAACAUUUCCUUGACACAAGAGAUUUGUGAAUCUGGUAUUAGUAAUACCCAAAUGAUGGUUGCUGCAGAAACUAUAUUAAAUCAAUUUUAUUCAGAAAUAAAAACCACACCAAGUAAAAUUUCUCCCACUGAUGAAUUCAAGGAAUUCAGAGGUUUUAAUGAAAUUGAGAUUUCUGAAUCAAGUGAUCUCAUGAACAAUUUUAAUGACAUUUUGAACAAUAUUCAAUCAGUGAACAAUAACAUCUCAAAUAAAAGAGUUUAUUCUGUUCUAAAUGAUGAUCAUAAUUAUCCCCAGAGAAAGAAACUGAAACAAGACAUUCCAGAUCAAAGUGUUCCAUGUUCCAGUGAAUAUCUAAUCAGUGAAGAUAGAACAAAUUCAAUGUUAGUAGGUAUGAAUGAACCUCUUGGAUUCUCAUGUGCUUCUGGGAAAAUAAUUUCAAGAACUUUAAACAAAGUGGAAAACUCAUUUCCUGAUGAUAAAUCUAUUAAUUCAAGUAACCACAACAUUGCUGUAGAAAAAAAAUCUGAAAACACAUUGAAACAAAAUUCAGUAAAAAAUAAAUUGAAGUUUUUUGAUGACCUAAUUGGGGAUACUGAAAAUGUUUCAAUUGGCUUUCAAACUGGAAAUGAUAUAGGAUUCAGUAGACCUUUAGGAAAUUCAUCAGGAUUAACAUCUUCCAUCAAACCUCUAUUGAGGAAUGGUGAGGAAGAAAAGCCAUCAAAUGGUGUGAAAAAUAAACUGGCAUUUUUUGAUAGAAUGCUAGAUAACACUGAAUUUGAUGAUAUGCCAAUUGCAAAUAAAAACAAACAUGGUUUCUCUAGUGCAUCAGGAAGGACAGUCUUCUCCCACAUUCAGAAUCUCAAGCCAACAAAAAAUUCUCCAGUUACUGCACAAGAAGAUUGUAAAAAUAAACUCAAAAUGCUUGAUACUGGUAUAGGCAUGGCAGAGACAAAUAACAAUAUGUCUCCUGCUCCUGCAAGCACUUUCAUGAGAGGGUUUUCAACAGCUAGUGGAAAAUCAUAUCUAUUAUCUGAGAAUGCAUUGAAUAAAGCUAGUGCUUUAUUCAAUGAUUUGAAUGAUGAUUGUGAAACUAAUACCCCCCAGAAACAUCUUCCAACUGCUACAAAUCUGCAAAGAAAAGAAACAUAUGAUACCCCAAAAAGAAAAAAACCAUUUGAAUCCCUCAGUGCUAAAAGAAGCAACAGAAAGCUAGGAAUAGCAUCUUGCAAACCUCUAGCAAUUUCUGCAGAAAAACUGAACAUGGCAAAGCAAAUGUUUGAAGAUGAAUUUUGCAGUGUUUCACCUAUCAAGCCAAUACAAAAUAUUUCUAAUACAUCUACACCCCUUCAAAAACACUAUGGGACCCCCAUUAGGACUAAUGUUGCUACAAGAAGUUUGAAAACAUUCACUAGUGAAACUCUCACUGCCACUGAAAUGAUAUUGGAAGAUCAUGAUGAUGUUGAAUACAAGCUUGCUGAAGACUCUGUAGUUACAUUUGUUGAUAGUGAAGACAAAAGUGGUUUGGAUUUGGCUGGGGAAUUGGAAAAUGAAUGUAAAAGGCUAGAAGUGAGGCUGAGAAUUGUAAAGGAAAGACACAAGGCACUUGCUUCUCUGGGAGAUAUAAAGAUGGGCAUGCUUAAAAAGCCCUGUCCUGGAAAAUUAUAUGAACAAAAAGCCAGAAAAGAUAGAAUUCCAAUAGCAACUGUUGUCAAUGGUCAGAUGAAUAGUGGGACUUCUGACUUAUUCUUCAUUACUCCUCAAAAUGCAGUAAAUAUUCACUUCAAAGAAUCUUCUAGUGUUGUUGUUACUCAGGAUGGAGCCACUUUGAUACCAAAUUCUAAAGAUCUGAUAGGUUUAAGAGAGAUUGAAAGCAGUAUAAAAUGCAUGCCCUGUGUAGAAGAACGCCUAAUACCAAAAGAUUGGAUCAGGAACCAUUACAAAUGGAUAAUUUGGAAAUUAGCCAGCUAUGAAAGAAUGUUCCCCGCAUCAUUCAAAGGAUAUUUGAAUGUCGAAUAUUUGAUACAACAGUUGAAGUACAGGUAUGAUCGAGAAAUCGACAAGGCUGAAAGACCGGCACUUAAAAGGAUAUGUGAAAAAGAUGAUGCUCCACAAAAAAGAAUGGUUCUUUGUGUUUCUGACAUCAAAAAGGUUGAAUCUGGCAGAUUCGAAUUGGAACUCACCGAUGGAUGGUAUGGCAUAAGGACAGUCAUAGACGAUCCACUGUGUAAUCAAGUCCGAAAUAAAAAGAUCAAAAUCGGGACAAAGCUUAUAAUUUCGGGAGCCGAGUUGAUGAAUUGCGAUGGAUGUUCACCAUUAGAGGUUACCAAUUUGUGUUUUCUCAAAAUUAACUAUAACAGUGUGAGAAGAGCCAUUUGGAGUGCCAGGUUGGGAUAUCAGAGGUUUCCUGGGCCAUUUCCAAUACAAAUUCGUACAGUGCUCCCAACAGGUGGGCCUAUUGGGGCUAUAGAAAUUUGUAUAGCCAGAAUAUAUCCUGUUAAGUAUUUGGAAAAAAUUGACGGUCGAGCAGUUUGGAGGAAUAAAAGAUCUGAAGAAAGAAGCGCCCAGGCAUGGGAAAUCGAACAGUCUCGUAGAAUGGAGCAAAUCGAAGAAAGAAUACGAAAAGAAUUCAGCGAUGUCAAGGUCGUCGAUCGUAAGAAAGCGAACGGUGUUCAAGAUAUCUCUAAAAUAAAUAAUCCCGAACUGCUCAUGGAAAUAAUCGAAAACAGUAAUGAUCCUGACAGUAUACAGGAAAAACUUUCCUCGUCUCAAAGGCUAGCCGUUUUAGAACAUCGGCAAAAGUCUUUUGCUAGAAAACUGCAGGAAAUGUCCGACAGAGCUAAAAUGGAUGCAAACAAACUCGAAGUGGCGAAGAGAGAUGUCGUCUCGGUUCUGAAAAUGUUGGUGGUCGAUAUAAACGGCAGUCCGACCACUGCUUUCAAUUUUUUCGUGUGGCGACCUACCGAAUCGCAUUUUCAAAUUUUAAGAGAGGGGGCUUGCGUCAAAGCUUACAAUGUAAUACCAAGGAUGAAUGGAGACCUGACCGCUGGUAAAAAAACUUUAUUCAGAUGUGAAAAUGGAAAAGAUCAGAUGAGUGACAUUUUCAAACGGAAAGUAAUCGAAAUAUCUGAGAUUUCUGACAUGAGGUUUUCCUCAAAUUUCAGUGAAUUUGACACUGUUGGUUUGGUGGUCGGGAUGAAAAUUGAAGAGAACCAUCAAGAAAUAUGGUUAUCGGAUGUUACUGGGAGGCUUCUUUUAGUUGAAAUUUUUGAAGGACCAAGUACCUGCCUUUUACUGGAUAAACUGAAGAGAGGUCAGCCUACGAGCGUUUGUAAUUUAACCUACAAAGGUUCAAAACAAGAAUUCGCAAGAGCCUCUGCCAAUCAUUUUUCUAUUUUCUCCUCGUAUUCGCAAUUCAGACACUUACAAGAGGGUCUGGAGGAGUUUCAAAAACUGUUGCCAAAAGACUGUGAUGAGUUACAACAAGAUUGUGAUAAAAAAAUUAAGAGUUUCAAUAUGUCCCCAAAUACUUCUGAAAUUGUAUUGACUUCGUAUAUGGAAGACUGUGAUGAAGAUGUAUUAGUACCUUCUAGAAUUACGAGUACCGAUAUAGCCUUGUCACUAUUGGACAUUGAUAAACUUAGUUAAAGCUCUAAGAUCUAUAUUUUUGUACUUAUCUGAUAUGUAAAUAGUAAAUAGCGUUCUUUUUCUCUGAAUAAAUUUUUAUUUUGUUUCUAA